UUUGAUUAUUAUGUUAGUUGUAAUAAAAAUUCUGUUUAUCUCUCUAAAUCAGGUAGCCGGGUUGCGUGCAGAAAAAGAGCUGUUUGAUAUGAAAAGUCAGCGCACCUUUCUCUCUCCUCAAUUCCAUCACCAAUGCACCAUCUUUUCUUCUGUUCAUCCCUACUUUUAUUCUUAAGAUUCUCUUAACCUUGUUAUAUUAUUGAUUUCCUUUUAGCUAAGUUCUUAAGGAUCCUACCUCUGUAUUCUUGAGUUCUUACCAUUAAGUUAACAAACUGUUUUAUCUUAGUAUAUAUAUUACUCUAUACUCUAUCUAGUGAUGCUGAUAAUUUUGGAAGUUCAUUUGUAGAGUUGUAUGAUCAUUUUUCCAUGACAUGGACAACAACAACAACAACAACUAUCAAGGAGAUCUAGCUGAUAUCGUCCGAGCUAGCGGAGGUACAACGGAGACUACGACGACAAAAGUAACAACGACAAAUAUUGGUGGACAAAUCCCAAAGUGGAGUUUCGGAUCUUCGAAUAAUGAUCAAUAUCAUCAGCUAAAGGAUGAUGUUUAUUCAUUGAUACCAACAGCAGAGACCCUCCUCCGUGACAUGGAUGAUGCUAUUGCUAUAUCAACGUCGUCAUCCAACACUUUUCUUAACAACUUCAGUAUCGAUCACAGCAGCGCCACUACUAACAACAACAGCAACAACAACAACAACAACAACAACAACAACAACAACAACAACAACAACAACAACAACAACAACAACAACAACAACGGUGUUUGUGAUAUUUUCCCUCCGAAUAUGGUACAGAUCUCACAAGAUAGUAAUAAAGCUAAUAAUAUUGAAGACGUAAAACUGCCUAUACAGUCUGCAGCAGGAGCUUUACCUAAGAAUGUAAAUGGUGCAGCUAGUUUUGGGUUUAUGUCUAACCAAAUGUUAAGCAAUUUUAAUGCAAGCUGUAGCAACAGCCCAAAGACCGGUGGUUUUAUUGAUGGCGCAAAUGCCAUUGGCGGACCGCACUUGCAGAUCUCGUCUCCCCGAAAUCAGGGCAUCAAGAGAAGGAAAAUACAAGCAAAAAAAGUGGUGUGCAUACCUGCGCCAGCAGCAGCAAACAGCAGGCAAACUGGAGAAGUAGUACCUUCAGAUCUUUGGGCAUGGAGAAAAUAUGGCCAAAAACCCAUUAAAGGCUCUCCUUAUCCUAGGGGGUAUUAUAGAUGUAGCAGUUCAAAAGGUUGUCCAGCAAGGAAGCAAGUAGAAAGGAGUCGAACAGACCCCAAUAUGUUGGUCAUAACAUACACUUCAGAUCACAAUCAUCCUUGGCCUACCCAAAGAAAUGCACUAGCAGGCUCAACAAGGUCAUCUCAACCGGUCUCUAAAACCUCCUCAAAACCGAGCAACAACAAUUUCCACAAUGUACUCAUCAAGGAAGAAAAUCAGAACAACGUAUCAACAACCACGACAACAACAACUCUCCCUGUUGUCAAAGAAGAAGAAAUCAGACUCAAAAAUGAUGGUUUCGAAAGUUAUAGGCCACUUAUUUUGGCUGCCGACCCAACAACGAUCAAUAAUAAUGAACAUGAGCAACAAGCGGAUCAAGAUUUCUUCACAGAUUUAGUAGAGUUUGAGAGCGAUGAUCCUCUAGAGUUAUUCAGCACACAAGGGUGCAAAGGGUUUGAGUCUUUCACUGGUCUCUUUGAUUGGGCAACAACUACAAAUCAAGAGGAAAAUGAUCAUACAACAAUACCCAAAUGUUCAAAAGCUGAUAUUUGAUCGAUAUAUACGUACUAUUUUUAUUAUCCACAAAUCAUAUACGUACUACUGUUUAAUUAUUAUUUUAAGUAUUGCGCAUAACUAGAUGCAUGAUUUGUAUAUCAACUAAUCAUGGUUGUAAUUUAGAGAAAUAAAUUCGAAUAUGAUCGAUUUUGGAGUAUUUAUAUAUAUAUUUGAAUGAAAAUAUGGACCUUCACUCAUACAAGUUGGUGCCAUAAUAAUUAUUGACCGUUUAUAAUGUAAUGUGGUGUUACUAUUCAUCUCGAAC